UCCUUAUUCUUGUUGGAAAUCCCCUUUUAAAAACGUAAAUCCUGCGCUGCGUCAUAAAGAAAGAGAGCAUUUUGAUUUUUGAGAGAGAAAAGCAAAGAGCUUCAGAACUCUGAAGCUUCAAUGGUGAGGAUCUUUUUAUUGCAAUUUAAACAGAUUUUUAGCACAGCUUUCAAUAAUUGACUCUUUUGAUAUCGUGGGUGUAAAUUUUUUCUCGGUGUUUUGUGCUUGCCUACCAAGUGUUCGACAAAAUGCCCAACUGAAAUUCAGCUUCUAUAGUAUGAUACUAGUGGCAAACUGUGAUUUGUAAGAAAAACUGAUCUCUCAAUCUUACUGGGGUUCUUCAAAGUUCAAUCCUCUGUGCAAAAAAAGGUGUGAAAUUUCCAGUGAACUGACAAUAAUGGCUCUAAUGAGCCAUAAUCUUCCUUCUUUCACAUUCCUAAAUUUCAAUCACAGUUCACUUUUCUCUCCUAACUCCUUCAUCUUUAAUGGCGGGACUAAAAAAUUCAAACUUUUUUCUGUCUCCUCAAGACCUCCUUCUUCUUCUAACCCACCUUCUUCCUCUGUUUCUACACCCCCCAUUUUUCUUCCUUACCUAGAAGAAGAAGAAGAAGAAGAAGAAGAAGAAGAAGAAGAAGAAGAGGUUGAAGAAGAAGAGCAAAAUGAGAAAUACCCAGAUGACCCAAUUUAUAGAUUUUUCAAAUCCCGCAAUUCAACUCAAGACCCACCUCGGGAAUCCAGGUUAACCCUCCAGAAAAAACGUCGAACUGCUUGGCAUUUGGCUGAUGACAAUGAGGACACCGAAACCGAACCCGAAAUUGGAUUCGAGCUCACAGGGGAAAGAAUAGAGGAGAGGAAUGAGUUGGGUGAUGAUGAGAGGCCUGAGAUUGAGGGUAUUGUAGGGGAAAUAUUGGGAAUUGCGAGGAAUUUACCGGAGAAUUUGACGUUGGGAGAGCUAUUAAGUGGGUAUGAGGGAAGAGUAGGAGACACUGAUUGUGUGCAAGUGUUGGAGUUUAUGAUUCAGGAAGGUAUGAUGAUGAGUUGCUUGUAUUUUUAUGAGUGGAUGGGGUUGCAGGAACCCUCUAUGGUUACUCCUAGAGCUUGUUCUGUGUUGUUUCCUGCAUUGGGGAGGGCUAGGAUGGGUGGUAAGCUGAUGAUCUUGUGGAGGAAUUUGCCUGAUUCGAGCGAUUUUAGGGAUGUUCAUGUUUAUAAUGCUGCAAUGUCUGGGCUAUUAACCAGUGGAAGGUAUCAAGAUGUUUGGAAGGUUUAUGAGGAAAUGGAGAUGAAUAAUAUCCUCCCAGAUCGUGUGACAGGUUCUACUAUGAUUACUGUCAUAAGAAAGCAAGGCAGAAAAGCCAAAGAUGCAUGGGAUUUUUUCGAAAGAAUGAAUAGAAAAGGAAUCAAAUGGAGUUUGGAGGUUGUAGGAGCUCUGAUCAAAUCAUUUUGUGAUGAGGGAUUGCAGAAACAAGCCUUGAUCAUUCAGGGAGAGAUGGAGAAGAAAGGGAUUUCCUCGAAUACCAUAGUAUAUAACACCCUUGUAGAUGCUUAUUGUAAAUCCAACCAGCUUGAAGAAGCUGAAGCUCUCUUUGUUGAGAUGAAGACCAAAGGCCUUUCGCCUUCAACUGCCACCUACAAUAUUUUUAUGGAUGCUUACAGCAAAAGGAUGCAACCAGAGAUUGUGGAGAAUAUUCUUGAGGAAAUGCAAAACACUGGCCUAGAACCAAAUGUCAAGUCAUACACAAAUCUGAUAAGUGCAUAUGGGAGACAGAAGAAGAUGAGUGAUAUGGCUGCAGAUGCAUUCUUGAGGAUGAAAAAAGCUGGUAUAAAGCCAACUUCUCAUUCCUAUACUGCCCUGAUUCAUGCAUAUUCGAUUAGCGGUUGGCAUGAAAAAGCAUAUAAAGCAUUUGAGAACAUGCGGAGGGAAGGAAUUAAACCCUCUAUAGAAACAUAUACUGCUCUUCUUGAUGCAUUCAGGCGAGCUGGGGAUGUACAAACAUUAAAGGAAAUAUGGAAAUCCAUGAUUCAGGAGAAAAUUGAAGGGACUCGGGUAACCUUCAACAUUCUUCUUGAUGGAUUUGCAAAGCAGGGUCAUUAUGUGGAAGCGAGGGAUGUUAUCUGUGAAUUUGGAAAGAUCGGUUUCCAACCAACAGUGAUAACAUAUAAUAUGCUAAUAAAUGCAUAUGCACGAGGAGGACAAGAUUUAAAGUUACCGCAGUUAUUGAAGGAGAUGAUUGCUCUAAACUUGAAACCUGAUUCUGUUACAUACGCCACUAUGAUCUAUGCUUUUGUUCGUGUUCGUGAUUUCAAAAGGGCUUUUUAUUACCACAAACAGAUGGUUAAAAGUGGGCAAAUCCCAGAUACUGAAUCGUACCAGAAGCUAAGAUCAAUUUUGAAUGUAAAAGCGGCUGUAAAGAACAAGAAGGACAAGAGUGCCAUACUUGGUAUAGUUAAUAGCAAAAUGGGUAUGGUGAAAGAUAAAAGGAGAGUUCAGAAAGAUGAAUUCUGGAAGAACAAGAAGAAAAAUGUGAGAUUUCACAAUCCUGAUCAUGUUGGACGAUGAGUUACAGUCAAGCUUGUGCUAAAACUUCUUACAAGUCAACUGGAAAUUCGGUAAUACCCAGACCUUGGGGAUACUAAAGUGCUUUUCUUGGCUCUGUUAGCUUUACCUGGUGUCUUGCAUGCCUGAAACUGAAAGGCUAGAUAGCUAACAAUCUGCACAAAGUCGAGUACAAUGUCCUUGAUCAACUCGGCCCUCUUCUCUUUUCAUGUAUAUUUUAUAUGUGUUUCUGUUGUAGUGUAUAGAAUCAAAUGGAAAGGUAUAAACAACUGUUUUGAACGAUUGAAACCAGGAACUUCUCAUCGCCGACUGUUUUUUGCUGGUUGUUUCAUGAUUUCAUUCACAUGCCUUGAAUGUCAUGUCACAUGUAGUUUGCUAUCUUCCCCCUGAAUAUAUGGACUGCUUUAUUACU